AGAAUAACCGAGUUCUAUCACUUCAACUAAACUAGGAGAGCUUGAGGAAUGGAGUCCAGGUCAGGUAUGAGGAGACGUUAUGGCUCCCCGCCAACAGGCGACAACAAACCCAGUGGGUCGCACAACACACUGCCAGACGUUUCUCGUUCCUCUCAUGUUCGAUGGGUUCUGUGUCCUGUGUUCAUGGUGCUACUGGAAGUGCUCCAGCUCUUAAAGAAGCCUUCAGCAGGACCCCGCAGACAGGCAGAGAGUCGGCAUAACGAGACGUGUGUUCUUCCACAAAGCGGCUGUAACCAGGUACCUGCUCCUCUGGUGAUGUCAUCGGUGAAGGUGGAAUGUGUGGUGAAGGAGAGCUGUCUGAUUGGCGAGGGGCCGGUGUGGGAGGAGUCAGAGCAGUCCUUGCUCUAUGUUGACGUCGUCGGCCAGAAGAUCCACCGCAGGAAAGUCUGUGGCCACAGGUAUAAUAUUGUGGCGAGCAGCAGGGGAAUGAAUAGACGGGAGCCAAGGUUCAGCAGGAUACAACCCCCGCGCCCCUUACAACGCUUGACUGCCAGAGUUGCCUUUAUUGAACACACACAACACACUCCACCUAACCCAUCACCAUGAACAUCUGUGACGGUGUUAAACGUCCUUUAACUCCUCCGUUACCGAGUUGGAGUUAAAUAUUCCUAGUAUAGGUCCUGCAUAUUAGGAGGGCGACAAAGGUCCAACUAGCGCUAGUCUGAACUCCCCCCAGGAUCCUUUAAUGCACACGGUGACAACGCCCACCGUCGCUACAAUAUAUAACAUUUCUGCAUGGAAACAUAAAACCGUGCGGCGUCAGGCAUAACAAGGGGGUUCUCUCUGUCCAUGUGAAACUCAAUUUAAAGGGUACAACAAGACAGUAGAGUGGAGACACUGGCGUGUCUGUAUUCACACAACAAUAUAACACACACAAAGAGACUUACCAUGAUCCUUCGUGCAACACGUUGGCAUGGCCUACACAAAUAAGGUUUGCAAAUCAUCAACACCCUCCAAUUUCGCUGUAAAGUCCCUGUGAAUGGU